AUGAUGGUGUCUCCACUGACCGUGUCGUCUUCAGUGAAAGGCAGAAGCUACAACAGUGACGCAGUGCAGCGCCUCCUCAAUGAUGAAGAGUCUAGCUGCAUCAGUGAAGUGCCCGUCUCCAGCGAGCAGCAGUGCACAGAUCUGAAGAAGACCUCCGCAACAACUCCCAAACAGAAGCCAGAACUCCCAGAGUGUCUCACCGGAGUGAAGUGGAUCAAGAAGACGCCAAAACAGAAGUCCGAGCCGAUCGAAGACCUGAGAGGGAAGAUUCUGAAAACUCCUAAGCAGAAGCGUGAACAACAGGAAGACUGUCUCACCGGAGUGAAGCAGAUGAUGGCCACUCCUAAACGGGAAGCUGUAGAGGACAUCAAGGUAGAGCUGCUGAAAACUCCCACUGAGAAGGUUGAACAACAAGAGUCCAUCGCCGUCGUUGAGGUGGUUUGUGAGGCCCCACAAAAGGAGGCUGAACCCAUCGAAGACCUUCAAGAAAAUGUCCUGGAAACUCCCAAAGCUCCAGAAGCAGAAGCCACACGUGUGGAUGAUGUUGAGGAAACUGAAGAGCCAUCUGAAACGACCGACAUGUUAAGUGCGAUCAGUGUGGCCCCAGCGGAACUUGAAGAUCUCACUCAGGAUGAAACGGUUGAUUAUACUUGUUGUGAAGUCAAAGCAAAAGAGCCACAAGAUGAUGUGCCAUCAGAUGUCAAGGAUGUUCCAGAAGUUAACAUGGAGAAAGCAGAUGCAAAUGAUGUCGUCGACGAUAUUGAAUCAUCAGAUGCCGCCAAAAAUGUCUCUAAAGCCCCUGUAGAUGAGAUUGUAGCUGUGGAUGAACCCAAAAUGGAGACUGUUGAUGAUAAUGUAUCUGAAGAACCAGAAGUGGUCACAGUAGAUGAGAAGGUUACUGAAGAACAGCCUAUGGAAGAUGCAGUUGAGAAGGUAUCUGAAGAAAAACCCAAAGUAGACACCGUAGAAGAGACUGCAUCCGAAGAACCUAAAGUGGAAACUGCUUCUGAAAUAGUCACAGAAAUGGACACAGCUUCCUCAAAGCCCGACCAGAAGAAAAAAUCUGUUCGAGGCAGAAGUACCAAGACGGUUGAACCUGAAGAAGCUGAUGGUCAACAGGAAGCAGUAGAACAAUCUGAAGAGCCUGUCAUUCCUACACCAUCCAGAGGAAGAAGGGUGAAGAACACUGAAGCUGCUGCCUCAUCCGCUGUCAAGCAAACGAAAAGAGGCAGAGAUGCUAAGUCUGAAGAAAGCCAAGACGUUGUGCUCCCAGUUGAGGAAAGUGAGCCUCUUCCCACCAAAGCUGCUCCUAAGCCUAAACGAGGAAGCUCUGUUAAAAAAGCUUCUGAGAUCCAAGAGGUUCCCCUCGUCAGUGCCACAAACAAGCUCAAACGUGUCGGGAACGGAAAACAAGCUGCUGAAGAACCUGAGGCUGAAGAGAAGAGUGAAGAAGAGCCAGCUCCAGUCAGAAAAUCAAGGGGGGCGAAAAAAGAAGUUGCCCAAGCCGUUCCAGCGAAGAAAGCCCGUCGAGAACCAGAGGAAAAGCCAGAACCUGAGGCUGAAGAGAAGAGUGAAGAAGAGCCAGCUCCAGUCAGAAAAUCAAGGGGGGCGAAAAAAGAAGUUGCCCAAGACGUUCCAGCGAAGAAAACCCAUCGAGGUGCAGCUCCAACCCUCGAGGAGACGAGCGAAGAAUCCACAGUUUCAGAGCCGGUCAAAAAGGGGAGGCGGGCUGCAGCAAAACCCGCCACAGUGACCAGUGAGCCAGCAAAUCCCACUGAAGAUUCAAGCAGCGCUGUUCAGGAAGACUCCAAAACACCCAAAAAGAAGGGGAAAAAAACUGCUGUAGAACCAGAGGCUGAAGAGAAGAGUGAAGAAGAGCCAGCUCCAGUCAGUAAAUCAAGGGGGGCGAAAAAAGAAGUAGCCCAAGCCGUUCCAGUGAAGAAAACCCGUCGAGGAAAUCCCAGUGGUGCCGGUCCUCUUCUCAACAACUACGCCCUGACUCUGCUGAUCCUCUACUUCCUGCAAAACUGUGAUCCUCCUGCCCUCCUCACAGUGGACCAGCUCAAAGACAUGGCGUGUGAGGAGGAAGAGUGUGUGAUUGAGGGAUGGGACUGCACCUUCCCUAGCCAGCCUAUAGCUGUUCCCCCCAGCAAGAAUACAGAGGACCUCUGCCCCCUGCUCUUUGGCUUCUUCACCUUCUAUGCUAAUUUCGAUUUUGCCGGUAGUGUCAUAUCUGUCCGGAAAGGCUGUGCACUCCCAAUCGCUGAUUUCCUCAGCCAAAAUAAAGCGGAGGAGGCCAUGCAGGAGGAAAAACCCACCAAGACCCAACCCCACGGCCCCAAACUGGGCCCACUGAAUCUCUUAGACCCCUUUGAACUCUCCCACAACGUAGCUGGAAACAUGACCGAACGCUCUCACCGCAGCUUUCUGAGAGAGUGCCAGGACGCUGACAAGUACUGCCGCAGCCUGCAGUACCAGCGCAAAUCCAUCAAGGGGAAAUCAUGGGGGCUGGUGCGCUUGUUUACCCCCCAUGGGGAUGCCCCGCGGGCCAAAACAGAGCAGCUGACCAUCAGCAUCUCCUUCAAGUUAGCGUCGCUACCCGAAACGCUGAGGAAUGAGCUGCACAUGGCGGGAGAUGGUUUCCGUUUGCUGUGGUUUCAGAAGGUCUGCUCUGCCGUGGAGGGAGUCUUUAAAAAUGUUCUCAGGUGUGACAUCGCUCCCUCCACAGACGCCGUCUUCGGUCAGGAUUCAGUGGUCGAUGCCGCCGGGGAAAUGGAAACGUCCCUCAACACGUCAACAAACGACAGCUUUGACAGCUCUGAAUCCCAAGAUACGGCUGUGGUCGGUGCCAAGAGGCGGCUGUCCUCUGGCAGCGAAGCAUCUGCGUCUCCUCAAGGCAAAAAACCAAGAAUGACCAAAAUGCAAAAGCCCGAGCUCCCUCACUGGAUCUGCGCGCAUAAGCACAUGGUGUGGGCCGGCCGGAGGAGAGUGAGGAGAGAGCUGAUCAAAGAUACUGACUGCAGGCCGGAGGGCAGCUGCAUGGAGAUGGAGGCGCAGGUCACAGAUCACAUCAUCGAGAAAGAGCCCGAGCUCAAGGAGACCCUGGAGUUCAAGGUGCAGCCGCAGAUGGUGGGCGAGACGGAGAGCACGAAGACGGUGCUGACGUUGGAGCCAACCAGCGACAAGACGGGAGUGUUUCACGACUUAUUUCACUUCCUGGAAAUCUUCUUACCUAAGAUGGUAGAGACACUGCUAGAGAAAGAAGCAAGUGGAGCGUAAAACAAGACAUGUUUAGGAUGUGUCUCCAAUUUAAGUCUAAGAAUGUUCUUUAUUUGUUUUGAAUCAAUUUAAUGCUACGAAUAUUAACCCUUAAGAGAGAUGAAAGAUUAUUAUGUGGCUUUUCGUUGGCACUUAAGUUGGCUAUUUUAUUUGUGAAUGUGGGCUUCUUCAGAAUAUCAAGUUUGUAAUAUUUUCCUAUAUAUUUGUACUUUUUUGCGUUUAGUAUAAGAUAUCCUGACUUAGCCCUACUUUUAUGUUUGAGACGUGGCUUGUUUUUUGUGCAGUUCUGUACAAAAAUAAUUAUCUUAAAUGAUAAAUCUUUAAAAGGAUAUUCAGUGGCUGACAUUUGAUGCUGUCUUCAAAUGAAUAAAAAAAUAUUUGUAUA